UCAUCGGGCUCAUCCUCGGUUUGAGUUGCCUCGUCGACCUGUUGCUUCCUCUCCGUCGUUGACAUUGUGACCGUCCAGCUUUACAAAAAUCUCUCGAACCAAUCAAACCCCCUCCGUCGUCUAAAAGUCAUAUCUCAACGCACGGACCACACCUCCUUCCUUCGCCACCCAGUAUGGCCACCCCCAAACGUCCCAAUAUCCUCAUCUACUCCGGCCCCGGCAGCACCCUCUCCUCCGUCCGCCACGCCACCUACCCCCUGCGCCGCUUGCUGGGCCCGCACCACGCCGUCCUCCCCAUCACCGCCGAGCAACUCCUCCGCGAACCCUGGCAGGCGUCCUGCGCACUCCUCGUCAUGCCCGGCGGUGCGGACCUGGGCUACUGUCGCUCCUUUAAUGGCGAAGGUAAUCGCCGGAUCAAACAGUAUGUGCAGGCGGGAGGGGCGUAUCUGGGCCUUUGUGCGGGAGGGUAUUAUGGGUGUGGGCGAUGUGAGUUUGAGGUGGGGAGGGUAAGGGAGGGGAUGGAGGUGGUGGGGGAGAGGGAGUUGAGGUUCUUUCCUGGCAGUUGUAGGGGACUGGCGUUUGGGGGGUUUGUUUAUCAUUCUGAGGCUGGCGCAAGAGCGGCGGAGGUGGUGGUUAACAGCUCAGCGUGGACGAAUGCUAUUGCUGUACCAGAGCGCUUGAAGGUGUAUUAUAAUGGUGGGGGUGUGUUUGUCGAUGCGGAGAAGUUUGCCGAGAAGGGUGUGGAAGUGCUGGCUAGCUAUACUGACGAGCUUGACGUGGAAUCGGGUGCCGGUAAGGCUGCGGUGGUGUAUUGUAAGGUCGGUGAAGGUGGAGCCAUACUGACUGGACCACAUCCUGAAUUCUCCGGCACCAACCUCAACCCGAACGAACCAUCCGGCCACCACGAUUAUGCCAGCGUAGUCUCCGCCCUAGUCGCCGACGAGAAGCAUCGCGUGGCUUUCAUGAAAGCCUGCUUGACAAAGCUCGGUCUGCAAGUGAGCCAAGAGUCUGAAGCGGUACCGUCGCUCUCUCGUUUACACCUCUCUUCUGCUCACCCUUCGCUUGUCGCCGAGCUGGUGCACUCGUGGCAUGAAGCCGGUAUCGUCUCGAAAGAUGACGAUGAGCGUGACACGAUCAAGGGCGAGAACGACACUUUCAUCCUCGAACAAGCCGGGCGCUUAAGCAUGGCAGAGGUCAAGGCGGCCUUACCUCCGCCAUCCGCACCGCAAUCCGAAGACGGCAAUACGCAGGCUGACGGCUCCUCAUCUGACGACACUGGCCUGCCCGACUACAAUGCCCUCCCCAAACACGUCGUCCUCCACGAAGACAACAGUCUCCCCGACAGUAAAGCAACCCCCUACUUCAACCACUCCGCCUUCUACUCCCACCUCAAAUCCUACGACUCCCACUCCACUUUCGGCCAGACGCUCCUCUACGGCGAAGUGGUAACCAGCACCUCCACCCUCCUCGAGAAGAACCCGACCCUCCUCUCCCAUCUCCCCACCGGCCUAACCGCAACCGCGACAACCCAAGUGGCCGGCCGUGGCCGUGGAAGUAACGUCUGGGUGUCACCCCCAGGCAGUCUAAUGUUCAGCACCGUGCUCCGCCACAGUCUCACCCUCUCCAACACCACGGCGCCGGUAGUCUUCGUGCAAUACCUCGCCGCCAUGGCGACAGUAGCCGGAAUACAGCAGUACGCUCGCAAAGGCGAGUACGACAGACUCCCCAUCAAGCUAAAGUGGCCGAACGAUGUCUACGCACUCAACCCCCACGCCGCGGCCACCACAUCAUCAAGCACAAAGAAGGCUGAGGGCGAGCGAGACAACUACGUCAAAAUCGGCGGCAUCCUAGUCAACUCCUCCUACGCCGGCGGCGACUACACCCUCGUCGUCGGCAUCGGCAUCAACGCCCUCAACACCGCCUCGCCCACCACUUCCCUCUCACACCUCGCCUCUGCCCACAAAACUCCAGCCUUCACGCUCGAGAAGCUGCUCGCCUCCAUCCUCACGCAGUUCGAGACGCUGUAUACCCGUUUCUGCCGCACCGGUUGGGACGCGCAGUUCGAGGAGCGGUAUUAUGCAAGUUGGCUGCAUACGGAUCAGGUGGUGAUGUUGGAGACGGAGGGUGGGGCGAAGGCGAGGAUUAAAGGGAUUACGAGGGAUUGGGGAUUGUUGGUUGCGGAGGAGGUGGUGGAGGGGAGAGCGAGGGACACGGGGAGGAGGUUCGAGUUGCAGAGUGAUAGUAAUUCGUUUGAUUUCUUCAAAGGGUUGUUGAAGAGGAAGGUGUAGUUACUGUGGACUAGGGGGAGCUCCGGCUAUGCUUCAUACUCAUGGUCACGUUCCUGUCGUGCCUCCAACGCCGCGCU